AUGAGAAAAAAAUCCAUCAUAAAGAAGGCAAGAUUAUUAACAGAAUUAGAAGAAAUUUCCUGCAUGUCAAAUCAAGGAAAUAAUACAAUAGAAAACAAUGCUACUUUAUCUAAUGAUACAAGUAGGCUUAAUACAGAAAUUCAAUCGUUUAUGGAUGAUACUCGCAAUGAACUUCGAUUUUAUCUUCAAGACGAUAGAAUUACUAAUGACACAGAAAAAUGUCAAAAGUCAUCCACAUACAUAAAUUGGAGAGGAAUGGACUAUGUUAAUUUGCUAUUAAGUGAAAAAGAAAAUUAUAAUAUCUCCUGUCUUGUUGAAAAAUGGAAUGAGAAAAAAAAAACUUUUGAAGCAAGUAUAGUUGAAAAAAUCAAUUCAACGUGUAAUGCAGCAGCGUUUGAUUAUUGUACUAUUUUGAAUAAAAAUGAAAACUGCACUAGACCUUAUGAAUAUAAUGAUCUAUCAGUAUCCCCAUCUUUAACAUACGAAAAACUCAAUGAUGAUACUUAUAGUUCUAAUAAAACUCAAAUUAUUGAGCAAAGACAGCGUAAGUUUGACAGUGUUACUAAUGAUAUAUCUUAUUACUAUUACAGAAAGUAUGAGACUGACAAUUCUCCACUUAAUUGUGGAAAGUGGAGUAUGUAUAUAUAUAAGAGAGGAAUGCAAUUUAUUAAUAUGUUCGCCAAUGAAUUUUAUGAUGAUCCAAUAUAUGUAAAUGAUUCUAUUAGAAUAUGGAAUGAUCAUAGUAAUACAUUGGAAAGAACUGUGUUAGAACAGACUGGUAAUCAAUGUAAUAUGACAACAAUAAUUUAUGAAAUUAAAGAGAGAAAAAAUUCAAGUAAUCCAUAUGAUUUAUCUUGGCUUCCUUCAAAUAGCACUCAAAAUAAUUUUAAUGAAUCUAUAUAUAAUACAACUGUAUUACCAGAUGCCUUACAACCUACAACUGUAACUCCUAAUGGAUUACAUAAUGAUACUGCUACAGAUUCCUUGGGUAGCAACACGAUUAGUGUUAAUAACGUAAAUGGUGUGAAUCCCUCUGAAAAUACAUUAACAGGCGACAUCUCAGUACCACCACCUACUGCAGAUCAAAUUGACCCAGAAAUUGCAACCGCAAUUUCUCCAGAAGACUCAACACAAUCCAAUUCUUUAACUCCAAAAGUCACAAUACAUUCUGAUACUAAUACUAUAUCUAACACAACCUCAUCAUCACAUUCCCCUGAAGUUGCAACAUCUCCUGCAACUGAAAUAUUACCUUCAAAUUCUACUACAAGUAGUGGCACACCUUCAGUUACACCUUUACCUAGAAAAAUAUCUCCUACAGCGACCAAUGUAUAUUCUAAUACUACUAUGAAGACAUUUACAAAUAAUAUUACACCUUCUACUACUAUCACUGCGCCUCCUACAACUGCAUCUUUAUCUUCCCCUGAGGAUAUGUCUCCUACAAAUAUAGCUAUACCUUCUAAUAAUAACACUGUAUCUCUUACAAGUAGUAGUGCACCUACAGUUACAUAUUUACCUGUUAACCAGUCUCCUCCAAAUAUAACUGCAUCUUCUACUACUACGGUUGAGUCAUUGGAAAAUAAUAUUACACCUUCUACAACACCAACUAAAUCUCCUGCAACUUCUUUACCUUCUAAAACUGUAACUUUUGUAAAUAAAAAUAUAUCUAUAAAUGGCAAUACAUCUGUUACAAAUGUUACUGCAUCUCCUAUAAUUGAUCCUGUUUCUUCUGAGAUUGCACCUUCUCUUACAACUAUGUCUACGACUUUUACAGAUGGUUCUACACCUCCACUACCUUCAUCUAUUCCUAAAAUCACAACUUUGCCAUCUACAAAUAAUUCUACAUCACGUACAAAUGAUAUGUCUAUUCAUCUUACUAAUGAAGUUACUCAUAAAACUGCAACUUCAUCUUUUUUGACAAAUACCAUUGAAAAUUCUACUGCUACCAUUGAUCCAUUUACAAAUAAAAUUGCAUCUCCUGAAACUGACAUUACAUCUCUUGCAAUUAACACUACAACUCUUAUGCCUGAUAAUAUAUCUCCAACUCCACUUUCGAAUCCUCUUGAUAAAACACCUAUUCCCUCAAAUACAACUGCUUUUUUUCCUACAACAAGUAGCAAUUUACCCUCAUUUCAGACAGAUGGUAUCCAACUGCAGAUCCCACGAAAUAUACAUGUCCCUCUUAAACAGGUUCAACCACAUGUAAAUGGAAGAAAUUGUACUGAAAACACUUCAUCAUGUCCAAGUGCGACUGUUCCAAAUACUUUGACGCCAACCCCAUCAAGUGACCCUACCGAAGUUACGCCUACAGUUAAACCUACAGAUAAUUUAUUAAUACCAAUGGUUUCAGGAGGUAUAUUUAUUUUAGGAAUUAUUUUUCUUUUGAUUCUUCUUUGGAAAUGUACUCCUAUUGGAUCUUGGAUUCGUAAUAGGAAGUCAAAAAAAAAAAAAGCAAGAAAAAAGAUUAAGAAAAUAACAAGGGAACCGUUGCUAAUGGAUACAAAUAAUAUAAAGAGUGAACCAAUAAAUAAUGAAAAUUAUUCGUUCUUAUAUCAUGAAAAAGAAAUACCACUAUGUAAUAUAAGUUUGGAAAAUGAAAAAGAUUUGAAGUAUAAACAUGUGAAGAAAUCGAAAGCACAUAAAGGAAUGUAUAUGGAAAAUGAAGAAGACUUGAAGCAUGAAAAAAUGAAGAAAUCCAAAGCACAUAAAGGAAUGUACAUGAAAAAUGAAAAAUAUUUGAAGUAUGAACAAAUCCAGAAAUCUAAUGCUCACGAAGAAACGUAUAUGGAAAAUGACAAAGAUUUGAAGUUUGAACAAAUUAAAAAAUCCAAAACACAUGAAGGAACCUAUAUGGAAAAUGAAAUAGAUUUGAAGUAUGAAGAAAUAAAGAAAUCCAAAGCACAUGAAGGAAUAUAUAUAGAAAAUGAAAAUAAAUGCAUUCGUCAAGUUGUAGAUGUAUCAAAGAAACACGAAAAUGAAUCGAUGUUGGGAGAAAAAUUAUAUCAAGAUGAUCCUAGAAAUGAAAUUGAAGAAAUGGAAUUGAAUGUAAAUAAAUCUAUAAAUGAAAUUAAAGAUGAAUUAAAUAAAAAUAUAUUAGAAAAAGACCCUGUUCAUAUUGUAUGGCAUAUUAGGAAUGGCACAUUAAAUGAGGAAAAAGCAAAUGAAAUAAACUUGCAAAAAGAAAAAUCUACAUGUGAAAAUGAAAUGAAAAAUUUAGAAAAUAAAAGAUCACUUAAUGAUGAAGUAUGUAGUUGGAAUACAUGGAUAAAUAUACAUUUGAUAGCCUUACUUGAGUAUAAAAAAGAGGAAUGGAAAUUGAAUAAAUCCGAAUUUUUUGAUAUUUGUUUAGAAGAGAUCGAAAAAGAUGGAGAAAAUUCUAAUUUAAAAGAAAUGGGAUAUAAUUUUGUAAUGAAAAUAAAAGAAGAAAAUAGUACCCAUGCUACAGAUAAAUAUAGUAGUAUAUUAGAUAAAUAUAAAAAUGAAGAGUGGUUUAUUAAUUUGAAGAAAGAAUGGGAACAAGAACAAGAAAAACACUUAAAAUAUUUAGAAGAACAUGAAAUUAAGAAAAUGUCAGAAUUGGGAUUAAAUAAUUUUAUUCUAGGUAAAAAAAAAAAUAUAUGGAAGAAAUGGAUAGAAUGGCAAAUAAAGCAUUCAUACAAAUACAAAAAUCAGAAAUGGUUUAUACAAUUGCUAGAAGAAUAUGAAAAAAAAGAAAUACAUGAAAAUUUAAAAGAAGAAAAAAUAGAGAAAGAAAGAAAUAAUGGAAUAGAUAAAAAUGAAAUGAAGAAAAAUUUGGAAAGGAGAAUUUUUUUAGAUAUUUAUAUGAUGUUAUUAGAGGAAUGUAUAAAAGAAGAGUUGCAAAAAGAAGAAAAAUUUUAUAAAACAAACAUAAUAGAGAUAAGAAAAUUUAAAAAUUUGGACGAAGAAACAAAUAAAUUAGAAAAAAUAGAGAGAGAAAGAAGUUGGAAUGUUAUAUCAGAGAAAGAAAAAGAGGCUAUAGAAAAAUGGAAAAAAGAAAAAUGGUUUAUUGAGUUAAUGUUAGAAUGGAAAAAUAAUGAAGAAAAAUAUAUGAUGGAGAUAAAUGAAGAAAUUUUAGCAAAAAAGGAUCAAAGAAGAGUAAUGGAUAUUAUCUUAGAAAGACAAGGCAUUAUAUUGAAAAAACACUGUGAAAAUAUUUGUAGAAAGUGGAAAGACGAUGAUAACAAUGAAGAAUGGCUUACAAAGUUAGUGAAUGAAUAUGAAAAUGAAGAGAAAGAACAUAAAAGUAGAACUUAUAAAAAUAGUAUAGAAAAAGAAAAGGAAAAUGAAAAAACCAUAGGAAGAGGUGAAUCAAUGCCAGAGAUUAAUAAAAAGGAGGAAGGUAAAAUGAGAAAAUAUGAAAGGAAUCAUUUAGAGGAAUCAUAUGAAAUGAAUAAUUCUAGAAUAAACAAAAAAAAAUUAAAAUGGAAGACAUUAAUAGAAAUAUAUAUGGUAAUAUUGGAGGAAUAUAGAAAAGAGGAGUGGUUAUUGAAUAAAGGAAAAUUUUUAGAAAUCUGUUUAGAAGAAUUUAUAGAAGAAGAUAAAGAAAAAUAUCCAAAACUAAUAGAAAAUGAUUUAGCAAUGAUAGAAGAAGGGGAAGAAGACAUUAGUACAUUGAUGAUUGAGAAACAAAAACGUUUAUGGAAAAAAUGGGUAGAAAGAAACAAAAGAAUGUCAGAAAAAUGGAAAAAAGUAGAAUGGUUUAUUAAUUUGAAAAAAGAAUGGGGAAAAGAACAAGUAAAAUUUGAUGAAUUAACAAAAGAAUCAGAAAUAUCAGAUAUAGAAGCAGGAAAAAAUCCUAUGCUAGAGAAACAAAAAAGAAUAUGGAAACGAUGGCUAAAAAAACAAAGAAUGUGGUUUAUACUACAUAGCGAGGAUGAAUGGUUUAACAAUUUAUUAGAAGAAUACGAAAAAGAUGAAGAACUUAAGGAAAGAAUAACCAAAAAAGAUGCGAAAGAAGCGAAGGAAAUUCAUGAAAAUAUAAAGGAAUUUAAACAAGAAAGAGAUGAAGAAAUAAAGAAAUAUAAAAUAAAAGAAAAAUUGAUACAAAAAGUUUUGAUAGAAAUACAUAUGACACUAUUAGAAGAAUUUAUGAAAGACGAAUGGCAAAAAGAAAAAGAAUGUUUUUUUAAAACAAUGAUGAAAGAGUUGAAAUUACAAGAAAAUUUAGAUGAACAUGUUAUCUUAUUGGAAAUAAAAAAAAAAAGAAGUAGGAAUGCUAUAUUAGAUAUUGAAAAAUCGGAAAUAGAAAAAUGGAAAAAGAAAAAAUGGUUUAUAGAGUUAAUAUUGGAAAUGAAAAGAAAAGAAAAGGAAUACACAAAAGAAGUAUAUGAAGAUAUGAUAGCAAAAAAGAAUGAGGAUAAAAUUAGAAAUCCCAUGUUAGAAAUGCAAAAAAUUAUAUGGAAAAAACACUGUGAAGAUAUUCAUAGGAGGUGGAUAGAAAAAAAUAAUAAGGAAAUUUUACAACACUAA